AUGUGCCUUGAACUCGAACAUUUAAUAUCUCUAUUCCUUGAAGAUUGGGAAUCUGCCUUGGGUUGUCAUCAGUCUCAGGCUGAUCAUUCUUUAUUCACUCUCAUCACUCACACUAGCAUCACUCUUGUUCUUGUUUAUGUUGAUGAUAUCUUGGUCGCUGGUAAUGACAUUUCUCAGAUUGAGAUUUUCAAAAUAGUUCUCUCCACUCACUUCAAAACAAAAGACCUUGGUUCUCUAAAAUUCGUUCUUGGACUCGAAGUUGCUCGUUCUCCCAAAUUUAUUUUCCUUAAUCAGAGCAAAUAUGCUCUUGACAUCCUUUCUGAUGGUGGUCAACUUGGUGCUUGGACUACCUCUUUUCCUAUGGAACAACACUUGAAGCUCAAGAAUCAAGAUGGCGGCCUCCUUCUUGACCCUUGCAUGUAUCAUUGUCUAGUUGGCCGCCUCAUCUAUCUCACAAUCACCCGACCUGACAUUGUUUAUGUAGUAAAUAUUCUUACAAAGGAGGAAGAUAGUGUUGAAAUAUUUGUUCAAGAAUUCAAAGAUGAGGAGCAUGUUGAAUCAUUAAGUAAGCUGAAAUAUGAGGAUUUGGGGCAUGAUAAAUCCAAGGAUUCAUUAGCUUAUACUGUCAUAAACAUCAACAUAGAAGUGGAUAAAAGGGAAAAUGUUGUAUGA